AAGAAGAAGUCUUCGACAGCAUCAGCUGUUCGCCAACGUAAACACACGCUCUGUUGUUUACCGUCUCUGGCUUUCAAAGCAAACUUAAAUUAGUUCAUUAUUAUCGUUGCUCAAGCCUCACUUUUAAGACCUUUCCUCUUCAAAAAGGGGAUUCAUCUCAUUCUGACACCAAGAGUAUGGAUAUGUCACAUACAGCAUCUUAAGUGCAAUGAAGUUGCUCUUCUAGUGAAUCAGAUUUACAAAGAUUUCCACAAAAGUAAGUAAAGCAGUUUUAUCAAUUGUUUUGUAUCAUUUUUCUUGCAAACCAGCAUGUCCUGAAGGGAAAAAAUAUUACUUGUGAAUUUUUGUAGUGUGACUCUGUUCAUGUGCAUGACUUCGAAAAAUUGCAUGGUUCUGUAACCUUCUCAUAAACACUAUUUUGUCAUUGUAGCAGACUUUCAUGAAGAAGAAAUGAUAAAUGCAACUCAAUCAUUUUUAAGAAAAUCAGAGCUAUUUAAUAGGAAGCUACACAUUAGUGUAUGUUGUAGAUACUAUAUGUUUUUUUUAUCCCAGACUACUAGCUGUAAAAAUUGACCUGUCUUUUACAUACUGAAAUUUAAAUUUUGGUCUUGCAGUGUACUCAAGUUUAUAAUAAGGCUACAAUAUCUGAGGCCUGAACAGCAGAAAUGAAUCCUGAACUUCCUGAACAAGUUCAUGUGAAAAGUGAAAACAUUCAUGUGAAAAGUGAAAAAGUUCUCAUAAAAAAUGAAGAAGUUCAUGAGGAAAGUGAAACUGAAGAUACUAGAUUCAUUUUUCCUGUCAAAGCUGAAGUGAAAACGGAAGUGGAGGACUUUGAAGAUCCGUUAUCUAUCUCUGAACUCAAUCGGGAAUUUAGCGCAGAAACUGAAGAUCCAUUAAGUGUGUCUCCAGCUAGUCAUGAUGGCUGUAGUGCAAUCAGUGAUGAUAUAGUAUCUGGGCUUUUUGAUCCCAUCGUGAUAGUCAAGACUGAGUCAGAAAAAUGUGAGGGGAAGGAAGAUCCAGAGGGAUACGAGGAAAAUGAAGGGGAAGUGAAAUAUUCAUGUAUAAUUGAUAAAGAAGAUUGUAACAUUAUAGGGAAUCCUGUUGUAAUUCACACAGAGAGGGAAAAGCUAAUAAGCAGUGAAUGGGAAAGAGCAAUCUUGAAAAGUAAUAUAAAAGCAGACCCAAACAUUUGCACUGGGAAGAAGCCAUUGACUUGUUUAAUCUGUGGGAAAACGUUCGGCAGGAAAUCUCAUCUCAAAGACCACAUUAUAUGUCAUACUGGGGAGAAACCAUUCAGAUGUAGUGAAUGUGGGAAAGGAUUUUCUCAGAAAGGUCAUCUCACUGUUCAUAUGAACAGUCAUACGGGACAGAGGCCACAUAAAUGCCCAGAAUGUGGAAGAGCGUUUUCUCAGAAAGGUCACCUCACAGUUCAUAUGAAUUGUCAUACAGGAGCAAAGCCAUUCAAGUGUAAUGAGUGUGGGAAAGCGUAUUCACACAAGAAUAAUUUCUUAAGUCACAUGAUUAUUCACACUGGGGAGGAACCAUUUAGAUGUGGUGAAUGUGGGAAAGCAUUUUAUGCGAGAAGCAAACUCUUGAGGCACAUGAACACUCAUACUGGAGAAAAACCAUACAAGUGCAGUAAAUGCCCGAAAGGAUAUGCUGAUAAACGUGACCUCACAAAACAUAUGACAAGCCACAAUGGAGAAUAGCCACUUGUCAGCAGUGAUUGUAGGACAGUGUUUAAAAAAAAAGUGCCCUUACAAGUUUUGUGAAUGGUCAGAAGGGACAAAGCAUAGAUGUUUCAAAUUUAGGAAAGUAUGUUGUCAGGAAAGUAAUUUUCAUGUUUGUUGUUUUAAAAAUCUACUGAGUAACUCAUUCUGAAACAGUGAAUGUGAGAAAGUGUUUUCUUGGCAAAAGUAUUUCACAAGUCAUAAGAUGACUGGUAGUCAGUCUGGAGAGAAACCAUUGGAAAUGAGGGAGUGCAAUUCUUGGAAAGUUUUUGAAGGCAAAUGACUCUCUAGAAUUGGAGGCCAUUCAUCUGCACUUUCCUGCAGCCAUUCACGUGAAGUGAGUUUUUGACAAAUUAACUGAUGUAGCUGAUAGUGGAACUCAUCCAUGGACAACGUAGUUCUUUUACUGGUACUCUGGAAGAUCAUGUUGUAAAGCAGGAACUUGAUGAACGGAAUACAGCAGUGUUCCUUGGGGCAGAAUAUUCAGCAGCAUUUUCCAAAAGGAUACCUCUUAAAAUCUUGGAAUUUAUUCAAGGUAAAAGUUUUGGAAUAAACUAAGUAAAACUAAGUGAAAAGGGCUGAAUAUGAUAUAACAUUGACAAUGUUACACUAGAAAAGGAAAUUCAUCCUAAAUACAGAUGCUCCUCUAUUUACGAACUUUCAACUUAUGAGCUUUCAGAGAUAUGAACAAGCAUGAUUCGUAAAUUAAAAGUUUACCUUGCUGUAUUGUUACCAUAAUUUACUUAAUGUUAUUUAAUGUAUUUAGGUUUUAUAUAUCAUUCGUAUUAAUAAAAAUAUAAAAUGUAGUACAGUUUUAGUAUUGUGUUUUAGUAUGAGAAAAAAUGAUAAUGUACGAACAAUUCUAGAUACGUGCAGCUGUUCGGAACGUAACUCAUUCAUAAGUAGAGGAACUUCUGUAUAAUGUAAAAAGUAUUAUGUGCAAAGAAGGCAAUAGUAGAGGACUUCAUUUUCAAGUGAGACUGAAGUCAUGAUCCAUAGAAAAAUUUGAAUGUUUAAAAAAAUCUUUGAGGCAGAAUCAUUGGUGUAGAAAUAGUGUUACUGGCCUUAUUUAUCUAGACCGAGUCCAGAAUCCAAGUUUUCUGAGACAGAAAUGAAAAUCUGUAAACCUGCAGUGAUGACAGAGAAGUGACAGUUGCAAAAAUAAUAUUUGCAUCUACAACACCAAAAAUUAUCACCUCCCUCAGGGAGGGUAUGUUAUUUGACUGAUUUGUUUGUUUGUUUGUUAACAAGAUUGUGCAAAAUGUUAUGUGCAGAAUUUUUUAGAAAUUUAAGCAAAGUGAGGCCUUUGGAUUGUCACCCUGAGGAUUAGAUUUAUGGAGAGACAAAACUGUGACUUUUUGGGAGAAGGGAGCUUUUUGAGAGGUGGGUUAAACUAGUAAUGUCCAUAGAGAUUAUUUGUAAAAGUCUACUGAGGAGUUGCUCUUGGCUUGGUUUUUUUUGCUUGUUCUUUGUUCAAGUUUGCAAUUGUGAGAUUUGUUAUAAAUCUCAAUCUCAUGAGCAUUGUCGGUAUUGUUUUGCAGGGCAUUUGCACUACCAAGCCCUGUUCCUGGUUUUCCAAAGAGCUGCAAAGCUUUCCUGUCUUAGUUUUGAAAUGUGAUAAAGGUAGGGACCAGCCUUGAUUAUGCUGGACUUCCCAAGUUAUGAGAGAGCCCCUACUUUAAUUGGUUCAUGGGUGGGUAUUGUAGGCAACCUUGGGCAGCAGGGGAAGCACUUUACUGCUGGGUACUAUUGGGAGUAUGGGGUACUUUUGUAAUUUGCAACCUCCCAAGCCUAUUGCUAGGAUUUUUGAAAAAGGAAAUUUAUUUGCCCGUCUACAUUUCCUUCCAGUAUUUCCUUUAGUUUAGCUUCAAUCACCUCCAAAAACUUGUGCAUUUUGACUUAUUCCUCUUUUAAUUGUCAUGUGGUAAUCCAGCUGUUUCCUUUCGAAAAACCACUUUCUACACGGAACCUUUUGGUGCUUUGUUUUUGUAAUACUACAUUAAGUUGGCCAUAGGCACUGGCUCUUGCUUCUGAAGCAAUCUGUUAAGCAGAAUCCUUUUAAAAUUUGAAAUGUAUGAAUAAUGAAACCAGCAUCAGGAAAAUUUAUGUUAUGCCAAAUAACUGCAAAUGAUUCUAUCUGUCUUUUAUCUGUCCCCUCAAGUGGGGUCAAUACCAUCAGUGCGCUCCCAUAAUUGUUUCACUGCAGCUGGGAAUUUUUCUUUCUGCUACACUUUUAAAAUCUUUUUACUCCCAAUAUCCUUUUCAGAGCUAUAUGACCUCUUAGAUCCCAGUGCUUGUCCUUUGUCCUAAAUUGUAUAUUCCAUUCUAUUCCUUCAUCUUUGUACCAUCUUUAUGCCUGUUUAAUUUUAAUAUCCAAGGUCCACAGAGUUCUCCAAUCUUUGGGGACUAUGUUGGGUACCUUACAGAGGCACAGUAUUUACUUGCUUAUGUGUUGUAUCCUAAACACUUGUGUCGAUCUUAUUUUAAAGAGCCAGUUCCCAGGAAUGGUGAUCACUCUGAUUCAUCUAAUAUUUCACUCCUUACCACUCUACAGAUGCCCAGUUUCCAAACAAACCGAAUGGCACAGUUUCUUAUCUGAACAUUUCAGAACAUUGUUACUGGUUAGGUAGGGGGUAACUUGAGAUACCUCUUGAGUUUCAGGGGCAUUUGAGGUCAGACAUAAAGCUCAGGUAAAAAUGUUGCUUGUUGCUUCACUCAUUUUUUUCUGAAGACUUAUUUAAAGCUUAUAUUAGGUAGUCUGUGUUUUACUUGAUGGUAUUUUAUCUACCUCUUUCUGAUGACUGGUGUUCCUCAGGGAUCUGUUAUCUCCCCAAGUGUUUUUCCUGUUCCUUUUAUGAUUGAUGCUCUUCAGGCCUUAUUGUAUUUUUUGUCCAGUUUUUCUUAGUCCUUUUCAGAAACAUAUGUGCUUAAUUAAUUGUGAGGAUUUCAAUAUGAAAUUGGAUAAUUUCAGUAAGUGGAAACAGUUACCAUUACCAACUUUGAAUAAUCCACUAAUCCCUGCAGUAGGCCAGUUUACAGCUAAUGGUGGAUAGCUUACAGUAGAUUCUGAAUUAUGGUAUAUUCUCAUGUGAUCAAUAAUGUCAUUACGUAUUUUAAAUGCCAUACUUUUCUUACAUAUUGGCAUCACGUCAGUUGGUAGGCUAGUUUUUUUCACUUUUGAUGUUUUUCCACUUUGAUAGUUACAUAUGUGGUCUAGAAAGCAUUUGUUUAUAGUGUUUAUGAAUGAUGAUAUUUAAAGCAAUUCUUCCUUGUAAAUCCAACCCACCUUCCGUAAAGGUCCCUCCUCUCUUGCCUCCAAUAUGCUGUAAUAUGCCGAAAUGGAAGAGCAAAGCUCAGAAUCAUAAAGGUUAUAAGGGAACUGUGUUCAUACAUCCCUUAAGGGACAUCCCUUUCCUUGACUACUGAUAUAAUAUAAUAGUCACUUGCAAGGUGUUGGUCUGUAUCUGUGUAACAAGAAAUUAGCUUUUAAAAUGUUCAUCUUUUGGUACGGUGACAGGGAAUUAAUGAAAGCAGUUUUCUUUAUGAUACACACACGCAACUUUUUGUUUGUGGCAAAAGUUUGAGUGUUUGUAUCGUCUGAAAAACUGCUUCCAUUAGUUAAUUGUCACCUUAGCAAAAGAGAAACAUUUUUAAAGUUAAUUUCUUGUUUUCACUGAAACAAAACUUUGCCUUGCUAAUGUUUCUUUAUCUGUAAUGUUAAGCCCUGUCAGUGAUUUUAGAUUGUUCAAGUUUUUGCCCAUAUACCUUGUAAUUACAACAGAAAUUGCUCUAUUUAAUAUUUACUAUUUUGAUAAGAGUGUAUUUUAGAAUUACCAGUAAAUUGUUUUUUAGCUAUA